AAUUGGCAAUGGGAAAGGCAGAAUCCAAGAAGCAACCUGUGGUGACUCGAACGUGGGUCUUCAAGGAGUCCGAAGUACGCGGCCUCCGUGAAUCCAUUCCAAACGGCAAGGUGUUUGUGAGUUGCCACGACAGUAAGACCGUCGAAACGAACACCGGCACGACACUCGUGCAGGCAACUGGGCUCGCCGCGGACCUCGAGAUGAUCGAAGCGCAUGUUCACUUGCAUCGCUUGGGCGGACGGGUGCUGGAUCUCAGCGUCGAUGACAACCCAAAGCUGGAGGGACGGAUCUUGAUCGAAGUGUACGUAGACGAAGCGAACCCGCUCACGUCCGUGGAAUCGACAGGCUCUAGCCGCGUGAUACUGGAAGAUGGCUCGUUGGCUCGCUCGUCGGUGACAAUCCACAAAAUUGGAUCCGGUAGCGUAUAUGUCAAUCUUCUGAACGACUUGGACAUCGAUGAACUCGUCGUUACUUUGACCGGAUCUGGCACGAUUGCGUGCAUGGCUCCACAAUUGACCAUCACCAAGUCGCUCGUGUCGACGGUCCAAGGCAGCGGCGGCGUCCAAUUCCUCGGUAACCACAUCCGCGCCCCGUCCAUCUCGACAUCCAUAACUGGCUCCGGCUCGACUCUCUUCGAUGCCGCCAACCUCGUCGCAUACAACGUCGUGUCGAGCAUCGUGGGCUCCGGCACCAUUCGUUAUGCCCAUGCUGGGUCCGUGGACCAACACCGGCAGUCCGUGUCUGGAUCGGGGAAGGUCGUGAGCAACGCGCUCUUGGCCAACAGUGCGGCCGUGUCCAUCUUCGGCAGCGGCACCAUCGUCACGCAGGCCAUGGAAUCGCUGCAUGGCGCGGUCGUCGGCUCGGGGUCCGUCGAGUACAUUGAGCCCUCUCCCAAGCACAUCCAAGUGACCACGUCAUCCCGGGGCGAGCAUGUCAAGUUGGCGGACCGUAAGCCAUCGAAAGCCGCGACCCCGCCGACCGUUCCGACACGCGACGUCGAGGACGACGUGUUUUCGUUCAGCGGGUCGUUCCUUGGUUGGCUCAAUGUGAAGUUCAAUGCGUAGAUCGUAGUUGACGAAGUGAUCAAACCAAACCAUUGAACCAGCAUCCCUUACCUAGGUCGGAUAUAUGAUUUAAGUGUACCUGUGUACUAUACAUAGUUAUUCUGGAACUCGAAUUCGCUACCUCUUUCUAGUAAUGAUAGUGUAUCGUCGAUACACUAGUCAAUCCCCAAACCCAUGAACAUGACC